AUGGAGAAUUACCAGAAACUCGAGAAAAUCGGCGAGGGAACCUACGGCGUCGUCUACAAGGCCCGCGAUCUUAACAAUGGCGGGCGCAUAGUGGCGCUCAAGAAGAUUCGCCUCGAGGCCGAAGAUGAGGGCGUUCCCUCGACCGCCAUCCGCGAAAUCUCGCUCCUCAAGGAAAUGCGCAACCCCAACAUCGUGCGUCUGUUCAACAUUGUCCACGCCGAUGGCCACAAACUCUACCUCGUCUUCGAGUUCCUCGACCUCGAUUUGAAGAAGUACAUGGAGUCGCUGCCUGUCAGCGACGGCGGCCGCGGCAAAGCCCUCCCCGAGGGCACCGGGCCCGAACUCCACCGUUUGGGAUUGGGCGAUGCUAUUAUCAAAAAGUUCAUGAACCAGCUGUGCGAGGGGGUCCGUUACUGCCAUAGCCACCGCAUCCUUCACCGCGAUCUCAAGCCCCAGAACCUGCUUAUCGAUCGCGAUGGAAACCUGAAGCUGGCUGAUUUCGGUCUGGCUCGCGCAUUCGGCGUCCCGCUCCGCACCUAUACCCACGAGGUCGUCACCCUCUGGUAUCGCGCCCCUGAGAUAUUGCUCGGCGGCCGACAGUACUCGACCGGGGUUGACAUGUGGUCGGUUGGUUGCAUCUUUGCCGAGAUGUGCACGCGCAAGCCGCUGUUCCCAGGCGAUUCCGAGAUUGAUGAGAUCUUUAAGAUCUUCCGCUUGCUUGGAACCCCUACUGAGGAUAUCUGGCCGGGUGUGACCAGCUAUCCCGACUUCAAGGCUUCGUUCCCCAAGUGGCAGCGCGACUUUUCGCAGCCGCUGUGCACCAACCUGGACGCAACGGGCCUGGACCUGCUCGAGAUGAUGCUCGUCUACGACCCGGCCACGCGCAUCUCGGCCAAGCAGGCCUGCAACCACCCUUACUUUGAGGACUAUGUUCGCCCGCAAUACCAGAGCAACGGUUACCGCUAG